AUGCGUGGGCUGGCGCUAUAUGGUCACUACACAGUCUUGGUUCUCCUUUUGGGGACUGACGAGGAAAGUGUCCGUGACCGCUUCAACGCCAGAAUUCUGAUUGGUUGGCUGCAGGAUAUCAAGGAUAACUUCCAGAAGGAAAAGCGAAGACUGCUCUGCCGCCAGCUGCACGAAGCUGAAUCGCUAAUGAUGGUUCAGAAGUUAGACUGGGAAGUCAAACUCAAGGAACUCCACAUGUGUGACUGUAGAGCCAACGUUUUUGAUGAAAUUCUGCCUCAACACGUGCCUCUUAUCGAGGUUCCAAACGACUUCCCCCUCUUUGUUCAUGACCCCAUUUAG